AUGGUCAGACAGAAGGCAUCUGGGACCAAGCAUGCCGUGCCGUCCCCAGACAAGCCCAAAAAGAGGGCAAGGGUAUCCACCACGAAAGAACUACCUAGCUUGCAUACCGCCCACCGAAUUAAAGAAGCUGGCAAAGAAACUCACCUUCGGGCAGCCAAGACGAGAGCAGCAUACUUGGGACAUGUCCACCGAGCGCACUCAUGGCUGCAGAGCCAUUUUCCAGAGGAGGGGAUGCCACUGACUCCAAAUCACACCGGAGAGGACUCUGAAAUCUACAGUGAUCCAAAUUUUAAGAACGCGUUUGAGCACGUGCCAAAUAGGUGCUCAGAUAAAGCAUUAGCCCUUUACCUUUCAUGGAGAGGGUUCCAAGAAAAUAGCAGCCAAAGCACCAUCGACGGUGUUCGAGCAGGAUUCAAGAUGUUGUGGGAUGAAGCUGACGUCCUGUUGGCAGAGGUUGACGAUGUCGUGGCAUCUAUCAGACACAAGGUUAGUUCUGAAGGAGCUGAACGGAAGCACUCAGGUGCCAUGAAGAAGGAAUACAUGGAUAAGAUACUCGCCUGGUCAGAAUCAUUUUGUCCACUUGACGCCCCACUCCAAUACAUUUGUCUCGCAACGAUAGGCUACAAAGUGCUGCCAUUGGGCGAGUCUUUGAAUGGGAAAGUGAAGCUAAUGGUCACACAGCACCUCGAACACCUUGCCUUUAGCACUGUCACAUUUACGCUUUGGACGAGGAACUACGAGCUCCUGAAACUAAAGCACGGGGAUGUCAAGCUUGACAAGACUGUCAUAGAUGGCAUGUUUAUGAAAUACCUUCGAGGCGAGGAACUCUCCCUCACCGUUAGCGAGCACAAUGCUUACUUUGAGAUCCACCUAAAAAACCGUAAGGGAUGGCAGAGAAAGUUAGAUAAGGGGAUGAGGGAAGCUGACCUACGAAGCAAUCACUACAAGAUUUAUCCAUGCCCAGAUAUGGGCAAGGCGUGUGACACCCUCCUGUGCCUCGUGUCCUGGAUGAAAUGGGUCGAACUUGUCCAUCUUGGCCGGCCGAUGACUGAAGAGGAUUUCCUUUUCCCUGUGAUUGGCACAAAUGGUGUGCUGCAACUGGAAUUCCCGGAACAUUCACAAUGCAUUGCUACUGUUGUGGUGGAGCACAAUACUGCUUCAUGUUCGUGCCAGUGGGGCAGUGAUGGACCCUUGCGUGGGUCCGGUGGUGGGGGGGAUGGGCUGAAGUGUGACACACUGAUGCGCUACCUCCUCAACGAGUUGAAUUGCUAUGAAAACGACCACAGUGACACGCUGCAACCGGUCCUGCACGAAGGUGAUUGUUCACUCGCAGGCAAAGCUGCGCUCGUCUGGCCAGUGUCCACCAAGGCACUCAACAUGGUGCAUGCAUCGAUAACAGCCAACAUGGCAGCACUACACAUGACUGUGAAGGAAGUGAAGGAAACCUUGUGCUCACUUUCAGUAGAUCGACAUGAGCAACUGGUCGUAAAGGCCCUAACCUCGGCCUCUGCAUAUUCAGCCCCUUCUGGACCUGUGCUGCGCCAGGGCACUACUGGCAGUAAUGCUCGAGCGAUGCCAAUAACAGCCUACCAACAUUCACCUGCGCAGACCACAAUGUCAUCGCCCCCAGUGAUCCAGUCUGCUUCCAUGCCAACAGUGGCCACAUGGGUCAGCCCACCGGCGUUCACUUGUGCAGACCACAGCUUUGUUGCCCCCAGCGAUCCAGUCUGCUUCCAUGCCAGCAGCCCAGCCAUACCUACCUACACUCAAUUUACAACCGACUCAAACGCAGUUCAGGAUGCCAUCAGACCCCAGAGGACCAAGGCCCGUGCCUCUACCUCCCUUCUGGGAGUUGUCAUCCCGGACAUGCCCAUUUUGCAUCCCGAUGGGACACGGACCACAAAGUCGGAUUCUUGGAGGGACAUAGUACGCCACUGGACAGAGGGGGAGCCACGGCUUGACCUGCACAUUCCACUCAAGGACUGGCCUUAUCACUACUACAAUGGGAAGAGCGGCCGUCAAUUCAAUACAAAGUACUCUCAGCAACGCAUCAUUGCGACGGAAUGCCUUGACGAAUUCCAGGGAGACGAGGAAACCUUCCUCAAGGUCUAUGGAAGUGCCAUCGGUCAAGGACACACGAAACUCCCCAAAGCAAUCUUGGCUGCCCACAAACGGUAUUGUGGAGCUGGGGAGCACCGUCAUCGCCUCACAAGUGAAGAAGUCUGCAACGAUUCUUCUUCGGGCAUCAGCGAGCAGCACUGAUGCAUAUCACACCAAGGUUGUCAUUCCACCAUUGCCAUCCUGUUCUUUUUUUCUUCUUUUGUUUUCUUUCUCUUAAUACAUCUAUCACUCACUUGUCAAUACUAUCACCC